AUGGGUCCAGAUAUAGCCAGGAGCCCUCUGUUCAUUGGUUCGUUCUACAAUCACUGGGAUCGGCAUCCUACCUGGACUCUUCUGGCUACCUUGUUUGUUAUCUUUGUGCUGUUCCGAGUCUACGAGACGACGAGACAGUACCGGCGACUGCGGCACUUUAAAGGUCCUCCUCUGGCAGCUGUGUCCAAGUCGUGGCUCCUCAAGACCGUGACGGGAUCUCGGGGUCAUCUCGAGUUCUACAACGUGACAAAGAAAUAUGUGCUCGCCGAGUCGUACAAUGUGGGGGGAAAUUCGCUUUCUAGACAGAUAAUGGUCUACUUGAAGGUUUUCCAGACCGCAGGCGCACAUGAACUUGAGGCUGAUAGAAGUUCAACUUGUAAAGGAUCCCUUGCGCGCAUCGGCCCCAAUGACCUCCUCAACGACGACCCUGGCCUCAUGAGGCGCAUGCUCGGCGUGCGGAGCGAGUACCGGCGCUCAGACUGGUACGACGGCAUGCGCUUCAACCCGUCGAGGGACAACGUCCUCUCGUGCAGAGACGAGGAUGAACACACCAAGCUACGAUCAAAGAUGGCCGCGGGAUACUCUGGCCGCGAGGUCCAGGCCUUUGAGCAAAAGAUUGACGGCAACCUCGUCCGGCUGAUCAGACUCAUUGAACGCUACGUCGACGGGAGGAAACCAUUCGAUUUUGGGAGAAAAGCGCAUUUCUUCACGCUGGACGUCAUCUCGGAUCUCGCGUUUGGGGAGCCGUUUGGGUUCGUGGCGUCUGAUUCGGAUAUGUACGAGUACAUCAAGACGACGGAGGAGAAUUUGCCCGUGUUUAUGGGCAUGACUGUUGUCGAUGUUGCCUACGGCGAAGGACCCGCUGGGUUUUGGUUCUCCGCCGAGCGAUUUGGUCCUGAUGCGAAAGUCCAGAGGGAUAUGCUGGGUUCCUUCGUCACCCAUGGCCUCACGCAAGAGGAAGCUGAAUCUGAGAUCCUGCUCCAGAUUAUCGCCGGUUCCGACACAACAGCAACAGCAAUCCGCGCCACGCUCCUCUAUAUCAUCACGAACCCCCGCGUCCACAAUAAACUCCUAGCAGAGAUCCUCUCUAAAUACAACACCACUGCUCGCCGCCCCAUCAUAUCUGACGCCGAAGCCCGCAACUUACCCUACCUCCAAGCCGUCAUCAAAGAAGGGCUGCGCAUCUUCCCGCCCGUGGCGGGUCUGAUGGCAAAGCAGGCGCCGCCAGAGGGCGACACGUGGAAUGGCGUCUUCAUCCCCGGCGGCACGCGCGUCGGGUGGUCUUCAUGGGCCAUGUUCCGCCGGCCAGACGUCUUUGGCGAGGAUGCGGACGAGUUUAGGCCGGAGAGGUGGCUUGUCGGUCAGGGUGAAGAUGCAAAAGAAGAAGACGGGACGGCAGGCGCAGCAGAGAAAAAACUGCGCGAGAUGGAGGCUACGAUUGAGUUGAUUUUCAGUUAUGGGCGGUAUCAGUGUCUUGGGAGACCGGUUGCGUUGAUGGAGUUGAACAAAGUGUUCUUCGAGCACGUUGGAAGGGGACCAGAAGGCCUGAUUUUCGAGACAAAUGCUGACAAGGGUGUUCUAUCAGCUGCUUCGACGACUUGA